CGACCGUCUCGACCGAGCGUUCUCCUCUCGCUAGGCCAGUAUCAAGCCGGGAGCCGUCGAGAGGGUUGAUCCACCUCCGCAUACGGCGCUCACGCUACGCUUUUACAACACACGUACAUAUCCUGACCAAAACGUAUCAUCGUCGGAACCCACGAACCCCGUCGACCAUCGCGCAACGACGUUGCCCCGACUCGCUGACGAGUUUUCAACUGACGACGCGGAUGUGUGCCGUGCUGAUAGCCGCCCGUGGCUCGUGUGCAAUGUGCGCGGCUCGCCACCAGUAGAACUCAGCACAGGGUUGGACGAGAAAAAUGGGGCGUACGCCGAGCCACGAGAGCCGGAUCGAUCGCGAAAUAAACGUACGCUGGAUGGACGACGACGUGGAGUAACCUUUCUCGAGAGUGGAAACCGUACGGGACGUGGUAGCCUGGCCACCACCGGUACACGCAAUUUUCGGUGCUCGCGGAAAUACUCGCGCCAUAGUGCGGUGGAUCGUGGCGGUGUUUGGGGUUAUCAGGCCAAGAUUUCUGUCACUUGUGUGUGUAUCUUUGUUUGUCUUCUUGGAGAGAAGAACCCACGACAUCGAGGACACGAUCAGAAAGAGAGAGAAAGAGAGAGAGAAUUCUCGACGCAGAGUACCACCAGUCCGCGUGACGACUCGGGUAGGAUACUCUGCGCGUAAACGGAGAAGCGUGUGUGUACGCGAAUGGUCGUGACAGGUUCCGCUACUGCUGCAACUGCGUACAGUGCGUGGUGAAAGUGCUCGUGUUAACGUGUGUAUCAGGAGGAGGUCGAGGUCGUGUCAGGUAGUCGACGACAAAAUUUCGAGGAAUCCUCGACACACCGGGUGCUCGAGGUCGAAUGAUUCCCUUUCGGUGGUGCAAUCUCUCGUGACCCUGAGGGGAAACGUCGGCUAAUUGGCGACCGCUGGCUGGUGAUCGCCAAUAGGAGGCGGAUCGUAGACGGAAGAAAGAAAGAAAGAAAGAGGUGACACCGAGGAAUCGACCGGAGUGGAGGUUGAAGGCUACUUGAAGCGGCUCUGUUGAGAGGACAGACGGAGAAAGUGUGUCACCGACGUGGUACGAGGCACCUCGAGGUGCCUUAGGUUAGGUCGCUGCUAGAAUCCCUUGACGCGAGGCGACGAUAGAAUAACAAACCCGCGAGCAGACGUCGCGUUAAUUAUCUGCGAAUUGAAGUUGCUUCCUCCGGGUGAAGUGAUGCUCGAAGAAGCGAGAAGGAAGGGAUCGUUGACACGAUAACGAAAAUAAUUGAAACUUUUUCGCCGAAGUCGAAGGAUUUUCAAAACAUAAAAAUAAAAAUUUUUCAAAAAAAAAAAAAAAAAAUCGUCAAAAAUCGUUUAGCCUAGUCAAACGGAUACAACGAAAGAAAUAAUCUCGAGAGCUUCGUAGAACCGAGAGUGAACAUGAUCUCGGUGAGAAAAUACCGACUGUACGUCGAUUCGGCCGAUCAAAAUCUCGCUAACAAAGUUUCAUUGAUCUGAUUGCUGGAAAGUGAAUUCAUUAAACGCAAUCUAGUGUCGAUUUGCGCACGUAUACAUACACGUAUAUAUACGAGUGGCCCGGAAAAGAUUCGUCAGAAUCGAAUUGUGAAUAACGUGAUUGUGAAGUGAUACUCUCUCGUACGAGGCAGAGUCCGGUUCGUUACACCGGAUCCCGAGUGUAACUCGAACGUGUGCAACGCGAGUUAAGGGAAAAAUCUGGUGUUGAGGUGUUCCGAGCGUGUUCCGUGUCGUCGACCACCCUCUCCCGAUCCCUCUAAUUUCUAUCUUCUAAUUGGCAAGGUAAACGACUGUUAAGAUCGCAUACAUAUCCAGUUACACUGCCGUUUGCCAAGCGAAACGAAUUGAACCUGCUCAACUUAAUUUCUUUAACGAUUUAACUUCUCGAAACUCCCCCCAAAAAAAAGAAAAAAGAAAAAAAAAAAAAAGAAAAACAAAUUUGAAAGUAACAAUAAUUCCACCCGUUGGAGUUUUUUCGUUCGAUUGCCCUGGCGAGGCGCGCGUCCGAGAAAAAGACUCGUCGAGCGAUUCCGCACGGACGUGUGCACGGUCACUCUCUCUUUCCGUAUCCGCCACCCACGCACGCAGCCAAGACCAUCCGCGCGUGCGUGCUCACGUGCGAUCGCAGCCGGUGCAACGUGGCCAGCAAACGGGUACACAACGCAGCGAGCUACGCUGAUCGAACCCUCUUGUCGAUCUUGCGACCCGUCUGGGAGCAAAUGUCAAACCACCGCCGUUGAACGAUCACGCUCCUUCGUGAACGACGUCCAUCCGGUGUAAUGUGACGAAGGAAGAAACGAAAAGCCGAGUGGACUUGGUUCAAGUUCGAGUAUCGUAUCCUCGACGUGCACAGAGGUGGACAAAAACAACGCUUGCUCGAUCCUCUGAUGAACAGGAUCUAGCAGUGAUCGAUCUUAGCUACGACCCACCGCCUACAACAACUAUGCAUUCCUCGCUCGCGACCAGCAACGUAGGCGCGCUGCUGCCGUUCCUGGUGGUGUUGCUCGGCCAAGUGGCCAUGUCGUUCGUGUUGGAAGGUUCGACGACUAGUUACGCGCAGUUCAGAAAAUGGAACGCCGGGCUGAACGGCACGCUGGAGUUCGAGUUCAAGACCGAGCAGGGGAACGGUCUGCUGCUCUACACCGACGACGGUGGCACGUACGACUUCUUCGAGGUGAAGCUGGUCGAGAGCGCGCUCCGACUGAGAUACAACCUCGGCGGCGGUGCGCAGAUCGUCACCGUCGGCCACGACCUCGGCGACGGCCACUGGCACAAGGUGCAGAUCACCAGGUGCAACGAGAACACCACGUUGACGGUGGACGGUGUCAGCGCGGUAUCCACGUCACGUGGCAAGGAGUUCGAGUUUGGUAAACUGUCAGGCAACUCCGACGUUUACGUGGGCGGUAUGCCUAGCUGGUACAACAGCAAGCUGACGUUGCUGGCGCUGCCGAGCGUGAUCUUCGAGCCGAGGUUCAACGGGUUCAUCAGGAACCUGGUGUACGCCGACGGGGAGAACACGGUGCCCAGAAGGCAGGAGAUGAAGAGCCGGGACGCCAAGUGCGGUGGAUUCCCAUGCGUCGAGAACGUGAAGCGCAAAACGCCGAGGGUAAGUGCGAACAAGGCUUCUGAAAUACAGAGUGCUUUCCAUCUUAUCUUCUGUUCGUAAGGGAAG